AACGAAGAAUUUUUCAACGAUACAAGUCCUUUUGAUACAUCGACAAGAAAUAAGAAGGUGGUGGCUCAACAACCUCCACGUCCAACCACCCCUCAUGCAAACAAGAAGGACUUUAUUUCGAGAAACAAAAACAUGGUCUCAUCCAUAAUCACCAAGCCUCCGGUGUCGCCAAUUAACACCGGCAAACAACAACUGCCUCAACGUUCGGUGGCAAAUUCCCAAUCGUCUGCGCGAAAUGUUGCUCGUUCUGCUACCCCCAAACCGGACAAGAAAAAAAGUGCCCAGUCCACGGCUGUCCCUUCCAAUGAUAGGAUGUCAGCUUCAUCCGUUCGUCGUCCGGCUUCACCCCCGACCACCACUCAACAUCUCUCGGCUCACCGUCUCUCUCACGUUCGUGCUGACUCUCCUGACAAUGGGUUGCGCGAGGAAAAUAAAAAAUUGAAACGUCGCCUGGUUGAAGCCGAAGAGUUGUUGGUUGAGAAGCAACGCGAAGUGAACGAGUUGGAAGACCUCAGGGAUAUUUUAGUAGAUGAGAAUCGUGAAUUAAAAGAAGAAUUGGAAC